GGGCCGGAGGGGUGCGCUGGGCGGGGUUCCGCCGCGAUGGCGGCCAUGGCGGCAGAGGAGGAGGAGUACGAGGCGGUGCUCUGCGUGAAACCGGCUGUUCACGUCUACCGGGUACCGCCGCGGACCUCCAACCGCGGCUACAGAGCUGCAGAGUGGCAGUUGGAGCAGCCGGCCUGGAGCGGCAGGCUGCGCAUCACGGCCAAGGGCAAGACCGCCUUCAUUAAGCUGGAGGACAAGACCUCGGGAGAGCUGUUUGCCCAGGCUCCAGUGGAGCAGUUCCCCGGCAUCGCUGUGGAGGGCGUCACUGACUCCAGCAGAUACUUUGUCAUCCGGGUGGAAGAUGGGAACGGCCGCCGGGCUUUCAUCGGAGUCGGCUUUGUUGACCGAGGGGACGCUUUUGACUUCAACGUGGCUCUCCAAGACCAUUUUAAAUGGGUGAGGCAGCAGAGCGAGCUGACCAAAGAGGCUGAGAACCCUGAUCAGGGACCCAAACUGGAUCUGGGCUUCAAGGAGGGGCAAACUAUCAAACUCAACAUUGCAAAUAUGAAAAAGAAAGAAGGAGCACCAGGGAGCACCAGACCACGUCUCGCUGGUCCUGGGGGCCUGAGCUUGCUCCCACCACCUCCUGGGGGAAGAUCUGCUCCGGUUUGUCCUUCAGGAGAGCAGCCGUCUUCGCUCUCCGCACCCACUCAGCUCCCAGGCACCCCCAUCACAGACUCCCUCCUGUCCUGGCCACAGCCUGCUGCUGCUCCCUCAGCCUCUGCCACCGACGUCUGGGGAGACUUUACCAAAGCUUCAGGAUCACCUUCUAAUCAGACUCAGGCAAACACAGGCUGGGUUCAGUUCUGACCCUCUGUCCUCUCUUCCCUACAUGGGUGCUGGGAUUAUCACGAUUCCUUCUGGACCAAAGCAGGGGCUUCAGGACACCCCCCUCCUGUCCUUCAGUCCCUCUCCCUGGCAACAAAAUGCUGCAGUAAGUGCCAGAGAGCAAACCACCACACGCCUUAAACCACUCCACACCAGCACCCUCCACAUCAGAGGCCUUUUUGGAUCACAGGAAACCUCUGAGGCUUCUCCUUUCUGCAAAAUGGUAACUUCCAGCUUCACCACCUCCGUGGUAACUCAGAGCAGGAGGACUCUUCCCCAAUAAAGGUCGUUUUCACUAAAGGUUUAUGUGACAGAGCCUCCUCAGGGACUUCUCUGCUUCCUCCUCGCAUUUUAGGGGCUGGAUAAAUCCUUCUCACCCUGCCAACAUGCUGAGCCUCACCUCAGUUUCUGUUCUGAGCACCUGAGCCUGCGGUGCAGGAGCUGCAGCGCUGCGUGUGAUGCUGAAAUGCCUCAUUUCUUCUUCUGGGAACGUUGUGGGGAUUUUUCCUUCCUUUAUUUCGAAGACAGAUUGGGGAGUGGUGGGUUCUUUUACCUCUCUCUGUGGACAUUUUAAGCAAUGAAGGACAGAAGGGCCAGAGCAGAGCUGGGGCUUGAGAUUUCUCUUUUAAACAAAUAAAUAUUUUCUUACCUAUUUA